AUGAAGCUUCUUGGGAACUUUCUUUCGGUGUCGUACGUGUGCUUUACCUUCCUCGCGGCUGCUUUGGCUGAUGCAGACGGAGCCACUGGAGAUUCAGUUCUCGGAGCGUUGCCCGUGAUCGGACCCAUUCGCAUUGGAAAGGGAACUCUCAUCACUGAAGCCGUACAGCAGCAAACAGGGAAAAGGUUGUCUAUCUCCUCUGACAAGUUCACUUCGCACUCCAGCGUCCAUGCGAUGUACGAUGGCACCUGGAUCUCCUUUGUUGACACUGUUGGCUGGGGCGACGGCGAUGGAGAGAGCGAAACUGCUAUGCUGAACAUGUUGAAGGAGAUUGACGAUAAGGACAUCUAUCCUCCUCUUGUCGUGAUCUGGUCGUUGGACGCGGAGACAAAGCUGUUUUUGGAUCGCUUAUCAAAGCUGUUCACGCAGUUUGCGAUUGCUGUGAGAACCAAUGAUGACGACCGCGUAGACAACCAUGCCGUUGAUGAAUUGGCACAGUACAAACCUCUUAAAGUGUUCUAUCUGCCAGAGUUCUUGAAGGCAUCGGCUUCAUCCAGUCCCCAGCGAAAGGAAUCAGCCAAAGUUUCCCGUCAGGAAUACGACCAUGCUGUUUCCUCAAUCCUCGACUUUUACGAGGGAAUGACACCAAAACGGGCCAACAUCAACUUUGACGCUGACAUGUUCAAGGGAGAGAUCGAAAACCAGCUUGUGAAGACGGAAAGGAAGGAGGAAGAGGAAACCGCAGAGAAGCCAUUCACUGUUCAUCGACAGAAAGACGUUGACUACGAGCGCCCGGAUCGUACCCUCAAACAAGAAUGGGAAUGUUGGGAAAGCUGUAGCUUCUGGCGAUGCAAAACAAAGUGCAAAACAAUAGACUUCUACGAAGAUGUAAUUGUGAAGGAUACCAAGACAGUGACCCUGGACGCCUGGACGUACCCAUGA